UAGAUAGUUUACCAUAGUAAAAUUAAUUAGUUGUCUGUGGCUCAUGCACGCACGGACGGGGACGAAUGUCUGCGUUUUUUCGCUUUGUCCACUUUCGUUUAUUUUCGUAAUUUCAGACGAAAAUAUAUCAAGAAAUGACUGCUGAAAACGAACGCGAAAUUUAUCAUAAAUUAGAAGCCAUGAAAGAGAUCAGGAACAAAACAAUAACUCUGGAGCGAAUGAAGCGCAGCAUUCUGAAUGAAGUGCGCAGCGGGGACCAGGAGGGCCGCUGCCUGGCGCAGUACAAGCGCGAGAUGGAGCUGCUGCAGCAGGAGAAGAUGAGCCACGUGGAGGAGCUGCGCCAGAUCCACGCCGACAUCAACGCGAUGGAGACGGUGAUCAAGCAGACGGAGGAGAGCAUGACGCGCAAGCUGUCGAACGCGUCGCGGCUGCACGAGGACUACCGGCCGCUGAAGGCGGAGGUGGACCUGCUGCGGCGCCAGUGCCUCGGCCUGGAGCGCCCGCCUGCACGAGAGGAGGACCCCAUCACGCCAGACCGGUUCCCGGCGCUGCCGGGCGGCGCGGGCGCAGGCGCGGGCCCGCGGGCGCGGCGCCGCGGCUGGCGUCGUUCCUGCCGCCGCGCCGCGCAACCGCCGCCGCCGCCGCCCGCGUUCAGGUCUGCACUCGACCAAGAUUUCAUUACCGUCUCGCUGAGGCAGCAGCCGCCGCCCAUGAAGUCGUGCCUGUCGUGCCACCAGCAGAUCCACCGCAACGCGCCCAUCUGUCCGCUGUGCAAGGCCAAGAGCCGCUCGCGCAACCCCAAGAAACCCAGAAGAAAUAGUCUCCCUGUGCUGCCGCGUCUGCGCCGGUAACACUUGUACUGCUCUAGACUAACAUUAGUGACGUAAGAUGAAAGCCGCACCCACAAUCAUAAAGAAACAAACAAUUAUAAAGAAAAAUUCCUGUGACUGUCGUGAAAAUAGUCAUCCUAAUUGAGAAUCUCGCAUCUUUCUUUGAAGUCGUCUGAAAAGUUUAUUGAUGUCAAAAUAAAUUAAUAUAAUGUCACGUAAAAUUUGGUGCUUUCAUCUUUCUACUACGUUACAUAACAAAUAAUCGUACCACUAGUCAUUUGUUUAUAUCCCAUGAACAGGAGCAUCUUACACUGAUCAUGUAGGUGUCAUGAUGUCAUCACUUCUCUUGAAUCUGUAUACAUUGUACAUAGCUUAGUGUUAUAACCCGUACUUACGUUAGCUAGGUGAGAAUAGUGCCAAAUAAAUGUUGUACAUAAAGCUAUUGCAUCCGCGAGUCAGAUGCUGAGACUGAGUGGACCGGAACGUAACUGUUCAACCAAUCCAUGUCGUAAACAUUACAUACAUUACAUGGUGUGAAUGUUUGUUUUUAUCACAAUUCUCAACAGUGUAGUUGAAUAUUCUCAGAUAUAUUCCGCUAACUUCUCUUUGAAAUAAACGUUUUUAUCCGUUUCUGUCAUUCAAAAAUGAAUCAUUUUGGCUGCAAAUGAUUUACGAUUGCAAUAUGAUUGUAGAACAAACUACCGUGUAUGCCAAAAUGGCAGACCAAUCGCAAACCAAUCGAAUGUCGUUGGAAUGGUCUUAUAUUAGUAGCAGAAUGCCAGAUAUGGUUAAAAAACUGCUAUUGCGAUGCAAUUUCUAUUCAAUUUUGAAAUUAUUAACUCAGCAGAUUCGGGCCCCAGCAUGUACAGUUGAGAGGUCAUGGAGCUCUUGUUUUGUUAGACGUUGUGCGAAAACAGUCACACAUGUAAUAUAAACAAUUGUGAAAUACCCAGUAAUCAAUCGGAUGCCAAUUAAAAAUAACAUAAGAUAGACCUGUAAAUAUUGUCGUGUUCUAAGUAUGUACGUAUCGUAUAUUAAUGUUAUCAGUAUUAUUUAUUUGUCGUAUGAAACUAUUAGUGUGAGUAGCUGUAAGAAUGUCUUCUGUGGUUUGGUCUUUGAUGCCACCGUUUUGGCAAAACGCCGUUAACCAUAGUUUCAAUGAGUGAACCCCUUCGGUAUAUAGCGACUUAUGUACCUAAAUUAUGUACAUAUAUUAUGUACCUAUGUGUGCACGUUUAGUGCGAAUGUUUUAUAAUUAAAUACGUUCUUUCUGUCAA